AUGAUAAAAUAGAAAAUAUUAUUCGAUGAUCUAGAGGAUUUUUUAAAGUCUUCGCUAUAAUCUCAUUCAGUUCUCGAUAUUGAUCUAAAUCAUCAUGAAAUUGGUGCAAUUGGUUCAUCAAGAUUAGGUGCUGCUUUAACAAAGUGCACUAAUAUCUAAAGUUUGGCACUAUAACUUGAUAGGAAUUUAAUAGGGGAUGAAGAUGCAUUAAGCUUAGGUUAUGCUGUAGCAAACUGUACUAAUCUCUCAAAUUUGACGCUUAAGCUAGGUUUAAAUUAAAUUGGUGCAAUUGGUGCAUCAGGCUUAGUUUCUGCUUUAGCAAAUUGUACUAAUCUCUAAAAUUUAACGCUUAAGCUUGGUUACAAUAAAAUUGGUGAUGAAGGUUCAUCAGGUUUAGGUUCUGCAUUAGCAAAUAACUCUAAACUGUCGUAUUUGACACUUUAUCUCAAUGACAAUAAAAUUGGUGCAAUUGGUGCAUCAAGCUUAGGUUCUGGAUUAGCAAAACACAACAAUCUCUCUAAUUUGGCACUUAAUCUCCAUAAGAAUUCAAUUGGUGAUUAAGGUGUAUCAGGCUUAGGUUAUGCUUUAUCAAAAUGCACUAAUCUCUUAGAUUUGACACUUCGACUUGAUAGCAAUUAAAUUGGUGACAAAGGUGCAUCAGGAUUAGGUUCUGAUUUAGGAAAUUGCGCUAAUCUCUCUUAUUUGACACUUGAUCUUAAUGACAAUUAAAUUAGUGUAAUUGGUGCAUCAGAUUUAGGUAUUGGUUUUGUAAACUGCACUAAUCUAAUAGAUUUGACACUUUAUCUUAGAUAUAACAAAAUUAAUCUUUAAGACUAAUUGAAAGUAAAGAGCAAGCUUCUUAAAUUAAAAAGAUUAAUUGUUAAAAAAAUAUAUUUUUGA